AUGAACGACAACGAGGAAUUAGAACAAGACAAUCAGCGAAGACUGAACCUCCUCUACGCAGGACGACAAGCCAACCUGCAGCGGAUUCAACAGGACUCACAAAACCCUAUGUGGCAACGACAACUCGGUGCGCUGGACGCACACAUCGAACGACGACAACAUGCACAAGGAGAUCCCGCACGGAUCCGCCAGAUCAACCAAGAACUGGAAGAACAGGUCGAAUCAGAAACGACCAAGAACACCCCCAACGACUCGGAAACACCUCGCGAUGUUGCCUGCUAA